AUGCUUCGUCACGUCUCGCGACUGCCGAAAUCGGUCAUGGCCGUCAACCUGCUGCGCUCAUCCGUGGCUUUCUCGACCUCCGCCUCACCUCGACCCUCUUCCACUGCGCCUACAGCUGCCGUGACACCCGUCGCGGCACACGAUCACUCAACUUUGGUGCACCAGAGCAAAAAGACGUCAGUGGCGACCGAGUUCGAGGACACGAAGCGCAUCUUUGCUUCGAAGAGCACCCUUGAGCUCGUACGCGCUUACGGCGUCUUCUAUAUGUCACAAUUUCGUCCUCUUGUGCAACACAGUGGCAAGCUCCUUGAGCUCUCGUACAAGUUUCCGGGUCCCAAAUUUACGGACGCGAUGCUGCGUGCCACUUUUUUUGGUCACUUCUGUGCCGGUGAAGACGUGAACGAGAUCCGCCCCGUGAUCAAGAAGCUCGAGGCUGCCGGUAUUGGCGCCAUUCUCGACUUUGCGGCCGAAGCCGACGUGGAACAGCCGCGUGACCUCAACGGCGUCGACCAGAAUUUGGUUUCAGCUCGUACGUACGCGUACGAUGGCGAGGCGGCGUGUGACGCCAACGCGGCUAUCUCACGCCAUGCAAUCAUUGAUGCUAGCGAAGCGUCGUCGGCCGGCGAGCCCGCAUUCGUGGCCAUCAAGUGCACGGCGCUGGGCAAGCCGGAGUUGCUUAUGCGCAUGUCUGCCAUCAUUGUGCAGGCUCAGCUGCUGUUCCACACUUUGGACGGUCCUAACUUUUCGCGCGCCAAGUCCCGUUACCUCGAGCGCAUGAUUGAUUAUCCCACACUGAGCGCCGGUCUUCGCAAUGCCGGCGUAGACACCAGUGAGGAGGAGAUUCAGAAGCUCUUUGACGAACUCGACCAGUCGUCCGGUGACGGUGUGAUUGACUACGUGGACUGGGUCAGCUUUUUAGACCCGUUUGAUCUCACCAUGGGCCCGCUUACUCAGUUCAUCGAGGAAGAGCCACUCUCGGACAAUGAGAAGACGCAGCUACACAAUAUGAUUGCUCGCCUUGAAUCGCUGGCUAAUGAGGCCUCGGAGCGUGGCGUGAAGCUCAUGGUUGACGCUGAGCAGACCUACAUGCAGCCGGCCAUCGACCAUCUGACGCUGAACCUACAGCGCAAGUACAACCGCGACGGCGCUGACGUCAUUUACAACACCUUCCAGUGCUACCUUAAGACGUCGAGCGACCGCAUUGACAUUGACCUGGAGCGUUCUCGUCGUGAGAAUUUCCGCUUUGCUGGCAAACUAGUGCGCGGCGCUUACAUAGUGCAGGAGCGCAAGCGUGCGCGCGACAAGGGAUACGCCGACCCGAUCCACGACACCAUUGAAGAUACACACGAGAACUAUGACGCCCAGGUAUCGAAGUUAUUGCGUCAUAACCACUUGGCCAGCUUCAUGGUGGCGUCGCACAACGAGAAGUCAGUUGUGAAAACGGUGCAACAGAUGCAGGACAUUGGUAUUAGUCGUGCUACUGGCGGCGUGUACUUCGGCCAGCUACUCGGUAUGUGCGACCACGUUUCGUACACCCUCGGCACGAACUCUUACAAGGUGUUCAAGUACGUGCCGUAUGGUCCUAUUCAUGAGGUGCUGCCAUACCUUAUCCGCCGUGCCCAGGAGAACUCGGGCCUCAUGAGUGGUGCUCAGUUGGAGAUGCGCAUGUUGAGCACAGAGAUCAAGCGUCGCAUGUUUGGAUGA